GUACCUGCUGAGCACAUCUACAAUAAGACGCAAAAAGACUGCAAGACAAACUGCUGUCUACUGUCACCAUGAAAGCCACAUUUGCCAUCAUCGCUCUCGUCGUCCUGGCUCUGGGCUGGACCUCUGAGGCUGUGCAAGUUGAAGAGAACGGAUUGUCUUUCUCAAUGGAAGCUGUCAAGCGGCUUCAAGAGCUGUCGGAGAGUAACGGUAUGACAGGACAACAAAACCCAAGACUGAAGGCUAACACCAUGUCCCUCUGCGCUGACCCCAUGCUCCCACAGGAGUUUCUGCCACUGUGCAGGCAGAGAGGAGCAUCUGCUUCCCUUCUCAGAUUAUCUGCUGUACCCUUGGACAUCUGUGAGAUCUGCGCAUUUGCUGCCUGCACUGGUUGCUAAACAAACAAAGCAAGCCAGAAACAUCCUGCUUACUUGUGAUUAAUUUUUCAUCCCCUGCUAAAAUGUUUUAAGGAAAUUUGACUUUUAACCACAUGCAAUGAUGAACCAAUGGCUUUAUCUCUGCGUUUUUGACUCUGGCCCAUUGGAUACCUGAAAAUUUUAGACUAAAAGUAUCUCAAAAAGGAAAAGAAAAAAAGAAUCUGACAAAAUGGGGAAUGUUUUGCAAACUGUUACUUAGCAUAAUAUAGCAUAUUUACUAUUUUAUUUUUUUGCAGAAAAUUCUUCAGCAUGCAUUUUGUUUUGGAUUUUUCGUUUGUUACAUUUCCAUCUUGCCUUGCUUUAUAUUCAUAUUUAAAGAAAUGUUUUCUUUUUAUUAUUA